AAAUUUAGAUAGGUUAUAUAAUGAGAAACUAGGUAGAAGGUAUUCAACGAUCGAUACUCGAUUUCGGUUCAGGAAAUUCUGCUGAUUUAAAUUUUAAAACCUCCUGGCCGGUUAUUAACAAUUAAAUAAUCUAUUUUUAAAUAAUAAUAUCUUAAGUAUUCGGAAUUCACUAUUCGCUUCAACUUGUAAGAAAAUUAAUCGACGAUGUUUAGUACCUAUUGUGUAAUUAUGUAUUGUUAAAUAAAAAUCAAAUUAAAUCUACAAGAUGAUUUUUUUAAUAAAGUCAUUAGUUUUCAUACUUUUGAUAGCUAAAUCAUUGAGUACUACGUCAGAGGAUGGUGUUAAAUAUGCUAAUAAAUGUGAAGUUUGUAAAAUAUUAGCAGAAGAAUUAGAGGGACGUUUACAAGAGACCGGCAAGACUAGUGAAUACUUAGAGCUCGGUUAUUCAAUAGAUCAGCCAAAGAAGAAAAAAGAGUAUAAAAAAUCGGAACUGCGUUUAGUCGAAUCACUAGAUGGCCUUUGUGAAAGAAUACUUAAGUAUAAUAUUCAUAAAGAAAGAACUGAUAGUACACGAUUUGCUAAAGGAAUGAGUCAAACUUUUCAAACAUUACAUGGCCUGGUGAAUAAAGGUGUUAAAGUAGAGCUUGGCAUACCAUAUGAACUUUGGGACAAACCUUCAGUAGAAAUUACAAAUAUGAAAACUCAAUGUGAAGAUUUGUUGGAAACUUAUGAAUCAGAUAUAGAGCAAUGGUAUUUUAAUGAUCAAGUUGAAAGCUUAAGAAGUUAUUUAUGCAAAGACCGUGCAUUGAAGGAUUCUGAUCAAAAAUGCUUACAUGAGGCUCCACCUAAAGGAGAUACAAGACAGAUAAAUCAAGAAUUGUAAAAAUUUGAUAAACAUUUUGAAGUUUGUAUAUAACGUUAAUAUUUUAUAAACAUUAUCAUUAAAAAUAUGUAUAAAAUUUUAAAUGCAAUAAUAGUGUAAUCUUAUGACAUCUAAAAUAAUUUAUUUAUAAUAAUGAAUCAAGUAAAUUUGGUAAUCAGGUACUUUUUAUCUUAUUAUAGUCUUUACGUUAUUUUAAUUCAUUUGAAUAUAAAACAAUAAUUAAU